AUGCAAUAUUCCACUCCAUUCAUUCCCGCUACAGUUAUGCGCGGAAGUAAAGCAAUACCUUCUUCUAAUAAAGAAUUACGUUUAAAGCAAAAACAUACAGAAUCAUGCUUAUCUCUGCUUCAUUCAAAUUUGAAUACCAUAACGAAUGAUAUAACCACUAACGAUGUCUUAACUAAUCGUACAGGAAGUGAAGAAGAAGAAGAAGAAGAAGAAGAAGAGGGGGAGAAGAAAGGAAAAACAGCGCUCAAAAAUAUUCAAACCACAUAUAUGGAAAAUAAUAAGUUUGCUAUGUCUGCAAACAAAGAAACAAUGAAAAAAGAAGUUGAAGCUAAUACAGGAAAUGUUAAAGUUAGUAGAAAUCCACGCAGUAGACCAUCUUCCUGCAUAUUUGUUGCCAGUUUAUCGUCGGCUUUAACUGAUGACGAAUUAUGUGUUUCUGUUACAGAGAUGUUUAACAAGUUUGGUCAUAUAUCCUUGGUUAAAGUACUAAGAGAUAUUGAAAAUAGACCUUAUGCUUUUGUUCAAUAUACUAAUGACGAAGAUGCGAAAAAAGCUAUAAAAUUUGGUCAUGGCUCGUUGUUGAAUGGUAGAAACAUUCGUUGUGAGUUUGCCAGAGUUAACAGAACUUUGUACAUUUCGAAUAAUACCACUUUUAACCAAGAGAGUUUAGAUUCACAUGGUAUCUUAAAAUUAAUGGAAAAUUUUGGUGAAGUAGAACAAUUAGUUUCAUGUAAUAAUGAAAACACUGGCAAUAACAAAAAGAAUAACAAAUUAAAUGGUUGGUUUGUUCAAUUUGCCUAUAGAGAUGAUGCUAUUGUUGCAUAUGCAAGGUUAAAAAGUAAUUCUUUUUGGAAUGUUGAUUGGGCUCAAAAUAUUGAAGUUCCCUAUUAUCAAAAUUUGGUCAAUAAAUUGAAAAAUAAAAAUGGUACACAUGGAUCAAAUUAUAAUACCAACAUUAGCGCUGUCGUUUGUAACGGUGCAAACGAUGCACUUUUGAAUAUUGAUAGGUUUUCUAUUUUUAUUGGUAAAUUGCCAUUUGAUAUCACAAAACAGGAACUAUAUAAUAGAUUUUCAGUCCACGGUGAAAUAGUCAGAAUUAAUUUGAAUUCUAAAGAUGACAAUAAAACUAAGUUUGCCUUUAUUAAGUACACCAGCGAGAAAUUUGCUGCUUCUGCUUUAGAAAGAGAAAACCAUGCCACAAUCAAAAAUAAAAUAAUGCAUGUGCAAUAUAGAGAAAUCUAUAAAAGGAAAUCUUCGAUUACACAUUCCAGGAAUAACAUGAAUGACAACAACAAUAACAAUGAAUAUAACAAAAGGUUUUAUAAUAAAAAUAGGAGUAACACCUAUUCGCCAUUUCUAAAUUUGGCUCCACCACCUGUUAGUGUUAAUAAUAAUAACAACAAUCGUAAUAGAAGAACCUCUACUGGUUGCAUCAACUUCUCCACAGGACCAAGAUAUCCUUGUAACAACCAAUUUUUAAAUGGAGUUCCAAACAAUUUUCUAUUCAACAACAAUAAGGAACAUGGAAAGUACAUUAGCACCGGUAAUUUGGUUAUGUUAGACAAACCAAACUUGAUGUUUAAUGCUUUUCCUGGACACCAGUUUUUAGACGGAUCUUAUACUAAUGGUAACCUAAUUAAUAUGAAUGGAAUGUUCCCAUUUGCUAAUAGACCAUUUGAAAAUUUCACUAUGCCGGAAAAUUUAGUUAAUAAUGGAUGCAAUACAUUUAACAAAGACCAUUUGGAGUCCAAAACAGCAGAUGGCACUGAAGAAGAGGAUGAGGAAGAAGAAGAAGAGGAAUAUGAUGAUGAUGAUAAUGACGAUGAACAAAGUGACAGUGGAAAUUCUUUACAAAGUUCUGAGGCCACUUCCUUUAAACGUGACGAUACCGAAAAAAGAUUAAAUUUAUUCAACCCAAGCACAGCUGUUACAUUUAAACCAGCCAUUAAUAGUUCUACAGAUACUACUAUUUUGCCAGCCACCCCAAAUUAUUUUUAUCCAUAUUAUUAUUGUGCCCCUGCACCACGCCUAAUAAAUAAUGAUUGUAUCAGUAACGAAACGAACUCUGUUUUGAAUGAACAAAUUCAUACAAAAAAAGAGCCUUGGUUGGACGAGUUAAACGAUAAUUACAGAUAUAAUGGCAUUGAUAAUAAUAUCAUCCCUCCACAACAAUGUUUUAUGUAUUAUGCGUGCUCUCCGGUAGUAUUACCACACAAUGUGGGUAAUAUGCUGCCACCGGCCCCUCCAUCAACUUUACCACCAGUUGAUUUUAAUGUAAAAGGUAAUUUUUUCAGCUCAAGCACCAGUGACAUCAGUAAUAAUGGUAUCAAUGGCACCAGAAAUACGGGAAAAAAUUAUGAUGCAUUUAUUCCUAUUACUGAUAAAUCUAGUAGGGAAUAUUUACUUCCAAAAUUUCAAUCACCAAUAAUACCUUUUUAUAAUAAGUAUUAUGAUACAAACAAGAAUAAUAAUGAACACAUUGGUAUCACAUCUGAAAUCAAUACCGAUAAUAUUGAAAGAGAUGAAACAAGUCCUAAAUUUUCCUAA